AUGGCGUCACAAUUCCACAAGCUGCUCCUCUCGGAAGGGAAUAGGAUCGACUAUCCGAGACAAGGUGAUGAGGUCAGUAUCGAAUACACUGGCUGGCUGUACGAUGCUUCCAAACCCCACCAAGACUUCAAGGGCAACCAGUUCGACAGCUCGGUCGGCCGAGGGCCCUUUAAGAUCCAGAUUGGGAUUGGCAGAGUCAUUCAAGGUUGGGAUCACGGCGUGCCGCAAAUGUCGUUGGGCGAGAAGAGCAGAUUGAUAAUUCCAGGAAAUAUGGCGUACGGCGAGCGGUCAGUAACCGAUUAA